UGCUAGUGUGAUAAUGCACAAACACAACACCGACAAGGAAGAGGAUUAACUAGAGAUCACUACAAUGUCUAAAGUUAGCACCAACGGCCAAAUUCAAAACCUUACCGACUCAGAGAUCAGUUAUGUGACUUCCUUUGAUUGGCAAGGGCACGUUGUCGGCCAGUACCCUAGCCCAAUCCUGCAUAAGGAUACGGGUACUUUUCAACAUGUUGGAAAUCAAAAUGGUGGUUCGGAAGCAGCUGUUGUAUAUCUCACCAAAAAUAAAAACGACAAAAGCUAUCACGCAAUUGCAGCUUGGUUAAACGAGUCCAGUUCUCCUAAAAGUAAGGCCUAUGCAUUGAUUGCUGAACCCAAGCCCUUUACUAACGAGCUUUGGGGAGAAAUUCAUGAUAAACUGCACAAUUCCAACACUAACAGCUCCAGUACACAUGAUGGUUUAACCUUAACAGUUCAAAUUGGAGAAGGAGAUUCCCCAACACUUUUAGCAACAAUAAGUUAUGCUUAAUUGGCUGAAGUAAUAGGCUGUCAAAAUUACUAAGUAAAUAAAGUGCCUUGUGCACUAGCACUCUUAGACCAUUAGAGUGAAUUUGGCAGCCUGUAGACUAUUACCGUGUUUAUGUGUUUGUAAUGUAAUAUUUUAGUUUUAUUAUGGAUCGCAAAUCCCAUAGGGAAAUUUCAAAUAUCAAUAAAGAAUAACACUCUUAUUUGGUUUAUAA